UCUGCUGUACGUCUGUUUUGACUUGUAGUUUAGCUUGUCUUGUCUAAGCAGCCAGUCUCCUUAUAAAACAAAGCUACUACGGGUAUGAAUUUGCUCAGUUACAGGACCUGCAAAGGGGUUGCAAGGUACCGAUUAAAGGUGUCUUAGCAUUUUGAAACUUUCAGCCUCUUUCCAUAUUUUUCCCCUAAAGGCAAAGUAGACUGUCUUAGAAAAGAUGAUACUGGAAACCCUGAAUCUGAUGCAUUCCAAUAUCACCAGCGUGGUGCCAGAAGUGAUGCCAACUGCCACCGUGCCCAUACUCCUCCUCAUGUGCUUUCUUUUCCUAAUCUGGAAUUAUGAAGAAACAUCAAUACCAGGGCCUGGUUUCUGUAUGGGAAUUGGUCCCCUCAUUUCACAUGGGAGAUUCCUUUGGAUGGGAAUGGGAAAUGCCUGCAACUAUUACAAUAAGAUGUAUGGAGAAUUUAUGAGAGUCUGGAUCAGUGGAGAGGAAACACUCAUAAUUAGCAAAUCCUCCAGUAUCUUCCAUGUAAUGAAACAUGGGCAAUAUAUCUGUAGAUUUGGAAGCAAGCUUGGGUUACAGUGCAUUGGCAUGCAUGAAAAUGGUAUUAUAUUUAAUAAUAACCCAGCACUCUGGAGAGAAAUUCGACCUUUUUUCACCAAAGCUUUGUCUGGUCCAGGUCUCGUGCGUAUGAUAGCAAUUUGUGUUGAAUCAACGAAAGACCAUCUGGACAGAUUGGAGGAUGUGACAGCUGGACUGGGAAACAUCAAUGUGCUGAAUUUUAUGAGACAGAUCACACUGGACACUUCUAACAAACUCUUUCUAGGGAUCCCUUUGGAUGAAAAUGCCAUUGUGCUUAAAAUUCAGAACUACUUUGAUGCUUGGCAAGCACUUUUGUUGAAACCUGACAUCUUCUUUAAGAUUUCUUGGCUGUACAAGAAAUAUGAAAAGUCAGUGAAGGAUUUGAAAGAAGCAAUUGAAGUCUUAAUAGAACAGAAACGACAGAGACUUUCCACUGUUGAAAAAUUGGAAGAGCACAUGGACUUUGCAUCACAACUGAUUUUUGCACAGAGCCGUGGAGAUCUGACUGGUGAGAAUGUGAACCAGUGUGUGUUGGAGAUGAUGAUAGCUGCACCUGACACACUGUCUGUGACUCUCUUCUUCAUGCUAGUACUGAUUGCAGAGCACCCUAAAGUGGAAGAGGAUAUGAUGAAGGAAAUCCAAGCUGUUAUAGGUGACAGAGACGUACAGAGCAAUGACAUGUCGAACUUAAAGGUUGUGGAGAAUUUUAUUAAUGAGAGUAUGAGAUACCAGCCAGUUGUGGAUUUGGUCAUGCGCAAGGCUUUACAAGAUGAUGUAAUUGAUGGCUAUCCUGUGAAAAGGGGGACAAACAUCAUUCUGAACAUCGGACGUAUGCAUAAGCUUGAAUUCUUCCCAAAGCCUAAUGAGUUUUCUCUUGAAAAUUUUGAGAAGAAUGUGCCUUCUCGCUACUUUCAGCCAUUUGGAUUUGGCCCUCGUGGCUGUGUCGGAAAGUUUAUUGCCAUGGUAAUGAUGAAGGCAAUCCUGGUGACUCUUCUGAGACGGUAUAGAGUACAGACACCAAAAGGAAGAGGCCUUAAGAACAUCCAGAAAAGCAAUGACUUAUCCAUGCACCCGAAUGAAAGACAGCCCUUCUUGGAGAUGUUUUUCAUCCCAAGAAGAAACAUAGACAAGUGUCAGGAUGACUAACAACAGAUCGCUAGUUGUCUCAGAGCUAAGGUUUCUGCUGUUCUAGUCACAUUCUGAGAAAUAUCCACCCCUCCUAGGUGCUGUCACGCAUACUCUGAACUAAACAUUUUGUUGCUCUUAGAGCAGCUAUGCAUUAAGUGAUCACUUGUUCUGCUGCAAAGCAGGACCACAUUCUGGUCACUACUCAAAACUGAUAAAUAAGUUCUAAGUAUAUAGACAAGUGCUGUUUUCAGUUGAUGAGAUGUUGCAUACAGAAACUGUUACUUUUUUUAAAACAUCCAAUUCAAACAGAAUUCUGUUCUGCUUCUCACACUAUGCAAGUCCUGAGUGCUCUAUGCCUGCAGACUUGCAUGAUAUGGUUGGGGUUUGUUUGGGGCGGCGGGAUUGUUUUGUUUUGGCAGAGCUGGGCCCCACAAGAAGCAUCAUCAGCUGUUGUUAUAACAGCUCUAAUUAUCCGUCAUCCAAAAACAUUUUAGUGAACGCUACUAAUGUUCAUGUAAAGUAUGAGAAACAUUGGGAAAUGUAUGAACUGUAGCUAGCUAUCUAUAUACAUCUAUAGCAAUUACUAAUUUCCUCUAAAGAUAAUGAGGAUAUAGCCAGUUUAUCAAUAUACUGUCUAUAGAAAGAGAAGUUGGAAACAAUUUUUUCCCUCUACAAUGUUUUUCUUUCUGGUAUAUUAAACAGAUAAGAUCAAAGAAUGAUUAAAUUAGAUACACUUUAUUGAUUAUAUUCAAUUCUAAAAGUAUCAAGAAAUCGAUAGCAUUUGAGACAACUGCAGUAGGUUUUCAAGGUCUCUAUUCCCGGAGUCAUAGCCACAGCAGCUCCAUAAGUGUCUUCACCUCACACCAUUAAUGUCCAAUCAUGACUGAAAAGGAUGGAGCCCGACACCCAGGAGCUAAGGGAAGAGGGAACAGGUGCAGCACAGCAUUCCCCAACCCUGAGGGAGAGCUUUCUCACCUCUCCCAGCUUGUGGGGAGUAGUUCUCCUUCCUCCUCAGCUGUUGCAAUGAAAACAUCCUAUUUCAACUAUUCUUAUUUAUUACAUACAUUACCAUGGCACCUAGGAACCCUCAUCCUGGAUGAGAACCCCCUCUACUUUAACCACAGCUUACACCUGCCAUGGACUUCUGUCUUAAAGGUUAAGAUUGUGGGUUGUUCCUCCUAAAGAGGCCCCAGCAGGAGGGAGAAUCCCUUCCAAAUCUCUCACAACUCUCAUCGCUCCUCUUUCAAGACAAUGGGCCAAAUGUUGCUCUCAAGUACAUGGGUGCUCUCCCAUUAACUUCAAUAGAGCUACACUGGUGUAAAUGAGAACAGCAGUUGGCUCAAGAUGUGGAUGCUGGUCACUCUUGACGAUGACAAUGGACUUCAUUCAUCCACUCCAGGCAGGGGUGGGGCUCAGGGGUUGACUGAUCAGAGGUUUGCUGCAUCAGUCAGGAAACAUCCUGAAACAGUAAGCAGACAUGUAAAGGGGAUUUUUUCAUACCCUUUAUCAGGAUUAGCUUUAAGAACAGGUCUGAAACCAGUUUUUGACCUUCCAGAAAUCAGAUAUGUGAAAGUCAGUUAACAAGAGUUCCACAUGCAGAGCAACAUUUCCCGCAGAAAAUGUGGCUAGGUGCAGAAGCAUCUUUCAUUGCACAUUCCUAUAGACUAGCACCCCAAGGUCCUUUUUAUCAAAAGAUGUCUGUUAUCAGGUCAAUGGGUCAGUAGCAACUGUCAUAAAAAUAUACUUUGUGGUUUAAUAAGAACCAGUGAUUAGACAAGGAAAUUCCAGUUUUUAAGCAUAAGUAUUCCAAAUAAAGGGAGUCCUCAAAAUUAAUGUCUUGAUAAAGGCCAAACAAUCAAUCAAAACCCUUCUCAUUUAGCCUUUUCCUUACAGGUUAGUUAAUCUGUACACAAAUGGUCAAACAAAGUACAUCAUUCUAUGCCUAGGACAAACCUGUUUUAUGCCACUUAAGAGAAUAGCAAAGUGAGGUCCACAACAUCUCUCUCUGGCUAGUGUCCUUUUGCAAGGAAUACACCAGGCAGUUCACUGCUCUCCCAUAGCUCUGUCAAGAGCAAGAUUUAUCCAGUACUGAAUAUUAAAAGAAGAAUAUGACAAUCACAGAAACAAAUAAGAGUUUUCAGCCAUGUGUAAUGAAACAGUUUCAGUUGUGAAUAAUGAUCAAGAAGAGAAGCUGCAUAUUUUGGGGACUUACAGAAUCAUCAAAAAAUAGAACUGGAAGGGACCUCAAGAGGUCAUCAAGUCCAGCCCCCUAUGCUGA